UUGCUGAAUUUGGUUGGAUCGUGUUUCAGGAAUUGGCGGUUUCUUUUUGCUGAUUGAGCUGGAUCUCGGAUAAGAUGGGGUUCUUGGUGACGACGCUGAUCUUCUUGGUCGUUGGAAUCAUUGCGUGCCUUUGCACCCGAAUUUGCUGCAACCGAGGACCCUCCACUAAUCUAUUUCACCUUACUUUGGUUAUUACUGCCACAAUAUGUUGCUGGAUGAUGUGGGCAAUCGUAUAUCUGGCACAGAUGAACCCUCUCAUAGUACCUGUGCUGAAUGAGGGUGAAUAAGUUUCUUCAUAAACAGAGGUAGCUCCUUAUAAGUUAGAGAGAAUGCAUCAAAGGUUGGCUGCUAGAGAUAAUUCGAUUUCGGCUCCAAUGGAUCAUUCAGUAUUUUCUAUGGGUGGAUCUGUAUGUAUUUAAUGUUUGACAAUGGCGUUUCAAUUAGAUUUUCCAAUGCUGGCUGACAUUACCCAUGUCAUAAAUUGUUGUAUUCAAUCCUCAUUCAUUUCAGAAGUCGGUACAGAGUGGUAUCAACUAUGUAUUUUGGUGAAAUAAGUUGAUGAGUUUUGCUUUUUAUCAUUAUAUC